UCAAAGCCUAGAGGCUCCUGCUUCUCAGAAAAGCACUCAUUCAAUGGAGAAAAGGUCUUCUACUUCAUGGGGUUGGAGUAGCCCUCAAAGUCUCCAACAGUCUCAAUGGCUUCGGAUCAAUCUAUCUGAAUUAGACAAGAAAACAAAGGCAAUGCUGACACUGAUAGAAGAUGAUGGUGAUUCUUUAGCCAAGAAUGCGAAGAUGUAUUACAGGAGGAAACCGAAACUUAAACAAAUGGUUGAAGAAUUCAACAGAGCUUACCACUAUUUAGCUGAGAAAUAUGACCAGUUGUGGUCCGAAUCAACUCAUGUCCAGACCUCAGAGUUUUCAUCUUCUUCUUCAAACUCAACAGAAGUCCACCAUGGUAACAAAAAUGUUGUAAGCUUUGAUUAUUCUAAAUGGGAGGCCUUCCAUUUGCAUCCUGAAUCUGUUGUUGAAUGUGACAACCUUAACCUUGAUUUUGAACCCUUGGAUUCUGAUAAAAAGUCUGGAAACACAGAUAAAAUGAAUGGUACAGCCACUGAUUUAUCUGAUAAAGGAGAUAUUCCUAGGAAGAAGGAUGGCUAUGAAUUAAGCAAGAUUGCAGUUGGAGAGUUCCCAGCAUGUGGUCCUGAGCAAGAGAAUACAUGGUUGGAACUGAGGUUUCAAGUUAUGAAGCUUAUAGAAGAAAAUCUGCAGCAGCAAGCAGAGUUGAUAAGAAGAAAUGAUGAAAAUAGAGAAACCAUUAAAGAGCUUCGGUUCGAGCUGGAACGGUUGAAGAGUGAGAACAGGGCCCUCCAGAGUUGUCUCAGAUGCUCAAAAGUUGAUGUGAAGCACAACCGAUCUCGCCUAUCAAAACUGAAAGGACUAGUGCUCAGUAAGUUCUUCAGAGAAAGUUCGUCAUGAUUUAACAUGGAUUGGAAAAGUAGCAAAUUCCUCCUUUCUAGCAUACUGAUUGGUGGGAAAUAAAUCCAAUCUCAGAUAUCAAAACUGAAAGGACUUCUUUCUGCAAGAUCUUCAAAGGGGGUUUUUCAUUAUUUGACUCUCCAUCAUUGGCACCAGGAAUGUUUCUUUUCUUCAUAUCCUUUUUUAGCAUAUAUGUUUGUAAGACCACUGGUAAAGCCACUCUACUUUGUAUUUCAGAUAGCUUUAAGAUUGUCUAGCCUUGUGGUCCAAGUCCUAUCUUUACCUAGAAGUAUUUCUUCUCUUUCCC